ACCUUGAGGGAGAUCGGAUGGAAUAUACGGACGAGGCUCCUUUACAUCCUCUAGCUCCGGCAAGGCCCUUAGUACAGCAGCAGCAGCCCUCUUAUGCAAUAUCUACACAAGCCCAGCGCAUCAACAAUUAUUGAAGCUAAAGACGGAACAUGGUCUUUCGAGCCCGUCACCAUCUUAUCCUUCUUCCGUUUCCGUCAUGGGUACUCCUGACAUUGUUAUGUCGAAUGAUGAUUCUGAGGAAACUAAUGGUCCUUCGUCAGGAAGCUCUAGUAAUCGUCGUGUAUCAUCAGAUGUCAAUAUGGCUUCAACUGAAGGAUCAAAUAAUAACAAAUCGUCCUCAGACGCGCCCGCAAUGGCAAUGGCAACGACAGGGACAGCAGCGCCAACGUCUAGACGACCCUCCUUGCGAACUAUGACGGCAACGCUUCCACGAUCUGCACUCCAAGAGGAGACCAUUGCUCUUUUCAAACAGUACCGUAACUUGAUUCCAUGUGCUAAAUGCUUUUCCCGUAACACCAUUCAGCGUGAUGGCAUGUCAGAUGGCAACCUUCGAUUUAAGUGUCGACCCCCUGUUUCUAAAAGCUUGAUUUGUAACAAGUCAUAUUCAGAGUCUAAAAUUCGCAACAUGAUCGCGGGUGUUGUCUACGGCCACUCUCUGCCAGAUCCAACUAAUUCAUCCAGUUCCACUAACGACUCUGGCGAAAAUGUCCUGGCCCUGGCGCCACCACCCAUGGUAAAAACAUCAACUUCUCGACGUGGAUCGAAAAUGGGCAGUAGCCCACGAAUCAGCUCUGAAGUGACGCCUGAGAAGCUUCAGCAACGCCUUCAACAACAACAAAGCAGCAGCAACAGGAGGGAGAGGAAGGAACGCCAGUAGUAGCGACAUCAACGCACGACCAGAGCCAUGAUGAUCAUGAGCUAUAUAAAGAUACUCAUCAUCACCAUACGACCGAGAGCCG